AUGGCGAAGGCACCCACUGCUGAAGAGGCUGUAGAGCUCAACCCUGAAUUCACGUUUGAUCUAUCUGGGGACCCUUAUUCUGAGUUUCUUGACGAACAUCUCGAUGUGCAGGACCUCGUCAAAAAGGGCUCCAAGCCGGACCCCAUCUCGGUAGACGACAUCAUAGCGCGGAGAAAGCUUCGCGCGACCAACGGGAAGCGGAAACGGCCGCUAGAAGACGAGGGGGACGACGGAAGCGAUUCCGAGGAUGAGGACGAGGAUGAAGACGAAGAAGACGAGCUGGAUAGCGCGGACGACUUGUCGGAAGGCUCGGAUGCAUCUGGCGAGGAGUUUGACGGUCUAUCUGCGGAUGAAGACGAAGAAGACCCUCUAGCGACGUCGGACGAAGAGGCUGGUGCCGAGGCCGAAGAGGAUGAAGCCAUGUCCGACGAAGAAGACGAGGACGCUGCCUCCUCUUCUGGGGACGACUCUGAAGAGGAGACCGAGGCGCAGAAGGAACGCAAAGCCGCGUAUUUCGACUCUGAACAGGGUCCCGCCGAGGCGCACACGUCCUUUCUGUCCAUGAACCUCUCCCGACCCAUCAUCAAGUCCAUUACGACCCUGGGCUUCACCACCCCAACCCCCAUCCAGGCCGCUACUAUUCCCGUUGCACUCCUAGGCAAGGACGUCGUCGGUAACGCUGUGACCGGUUCCGGAAAGACCGCUGCGUUCAUCAUUCCGAUGCUGGAACGGUUAAUGUACCGUGACCGAGGCAAGAAGGCGGCUGCGACGAGGUGUCUCAUUUUGGCACCUACUCGUGAAUUAGCGGUACAGUGUUAUGAGGUCGGCUCGAAGCUUGCUGCUCAUACAGACAUCCGCUUUGCCCUAGUGGUCGGUGGUCUGUCGGUGAAGGCGCAGGAGACGAACUUGCGUACACGACCGGACGUCGUCAUUGCUACCCCAGGUCGUCUCAUCGAUCAUCUCCGCAACUCCCCCACCUUCACCCUCGAUGCUCUGGACAUCCUGGUCCUCGAUGAGGCCGACCGUAUGCUGGAGGACGGGUUUUCAGACGAGUUGACAGAGAUCAUUACCUCUUGUCCCACUUCGCGGCAAACUAUGCUGUUUUCGGCCACGAUGACUGACUCCGUGGACGAACUAGUCAGGAUGUCGCUCAACAAGCCUGUCCGGCUGUUCGUGGACCCCAAGCGCUCCACAGCGCGCGGCCUCCUCCAAGAGUUUGUCCGCGUGCGCGCUGGCAAGGAGACGGAGCGCUCAGCGCUCCUCGUCGCGCUGUGCAAACGGUCGUUCAAGGCGCGCGCUAUCAUCUUCUACCGGAGCAAGAAGCUAGCACAUCAGAUGCGCAUCAUGUUCAGCCUACUCGGAAUGAAGUGUGAUGAGCUGCAUGGCGACCUCACUCAAGAACAACGACUAAAAGCCCUGCAGCAGUUCCGGGAUGGCCAUGUAGACUAUCUGAUGGCGACCGACCUCGCGUCCCGCGGGCUGGAUAUCAAGGGUAUCGAGACCGUCAUCAACUAUGACAUGCCUGGGACGCUCUCGCAGUAUCUGCACCGUGUCGGCCGAACGGCGCGUGCGGGCAAGAAGGGACGAUCGGUGACUCUAGUGGGUGAGGCCGACCGCAAGCUGCUCAAGGCCGCCAUCAAGCACUCUUCUAGCGAGGACCAGGUUCGACAUCGCCAGGUCCCAACGGAGGUGCUUGCCAAAUGGGCGCAGAAGCUCGCUGGGCUGAAAGAGGAGAUAUCGGAGAUUCUGCAGGAGGAGAAGGAGGAAAAACACAUUCGCCAAGCUGAGAUGGAGCUCAAGAAAGGCCAGAACAUGAUCGAGCACGAAGCGGAGAUCUUCUCGCGGCCCGCCCGUACCUGGUUCCAGACUGGGAAGGAGAAGGCCCAGGCAGAGGCGCUCAGCAAGUCCCAAUACGAGGCUGGCUUCGACGCGGGCCAAAAAGGCAAGGCAAAGCAGGCGGCGGCGGAGCCCAAGCCCAAGCGGGACAAGUUCGCGGGUCUCACUCGACGUGCGAAACGGAGAAAGAUGGCAAUGGAGGACGACGAGGAUGCGCCGGAGAGCGGUGCGAUUCGUGCGGCGGUGCGGUCGGCGAAGAAGGCGUCGCGACCCGCAAAGAUUGGCGAGCCCGAGCGACGGCCAGCGUCGUCGAAGAAGAGAGACAAGAAGAAGGCUGCGCGAUCGAAAACUGUCACAAAGCGGAAAGGCGGUGCGUUCGAGAAGGACGGUGGGCAACGGCCUGCGCGCGAGGGUGUCCGGGCGAAGAAAGGGGAUGUCAUCGGCGGUAUGGGGAAGAAAAAGGGCGGGAAGCGGAAGGCGUAG